CCAGCCGGAGCCUCUCCGCGCAUGCGCGUCGCUGGGGGCGCGCGGCCCUGGCUACGGAGCCGGGGGCCCAGGCGGGAGGUUAGAGCCUCUCUUCCCUAUGGAGAAGGGUUUGCGGAACGCCAUCGUUUUCAACGCCUCCAAAGGGGAGACUUUCACUCUCGCCGGAAACUACAAGGCUUUGCGCAAGAGGCUGCGCGGUAACUGGAGGAUACAGAGCUUAAAAGACGAGAUCACAUCUGAGAAACUAUUUGGAGUAAAAUUGUGGAUUACAGCAGGACCAAGAGAAAAGUUCAGUGCUGCUGAGUUUACAGUUCUGAAGAAGUUCCUGGAGGAUGGUGGAGCCAUCCUGGUGAUGCUGAGAGAAGGUGGAGAGACCAAAUAUGGCACAAAUAUUAACUUUUUACUAGAAGAAUAUGGGAUCGUUUUCAAUAAUGAUGCUGUGGUACGAAUGGUAUAUUACAAGUACCACCACCCAAAAGAAGCAUUGAUCUCCGAUGGGGUUUUGAAUAGGGGAAUCAGUGAAGCUGCAAGAAAAACAGUCCUUGAGACUACAGAUGAAGAUGGAAGUGGACAUGACUCGAAAGCGCUCACUUUUGUGUAUCCCUUUGGUACCACAUUGAACGUGAUGAAACCAGCAGUGGCUGUUCUAUCAACAGGAUCUGUCUGCUUCCCCCUCAACAGGCCUGUCCUUGCCCUCUAUCAGCAUGAGAAUCAAGGCGGAAAGAUGGCAGCAUUGGGAUCUUCCCACAUGUUCAGUGAUCAAUAUUUGGAUAAAGAAGAAAAUGGUAAGAUCAUGGAUGUGCUUUUCCAGUGGCUCACAACAUCAGACAUUCAUUUAAAUCAGAUGGAUAUGGAGGACCCUGAGAUUUCAGACUAUACCAUGCUCCCAGAUACAGCUGCACUGUCUGAGCAACUACGAGUCUGCCUGCAAGAAGGAGAUGAGAACCCAAGAGACUUCACAAAGCUGUUUGAUACAUCCCUUUAUCAGAUGGAUACAACUGCCCUCCCUUCAGUUAUCAAAGCUUUUGAACAGCUGAAUGUGAAGCAUGAACCCCUCCAACUCAUUCAGCCUCAAUUUGAGACUCCACUACCAGUCCUCCAGCCAGCUGUUUUUCCACCUGCUUUCAGAGACUUGCCUCCUCCUCCUUUGGAGCUGUUUGACUUGGAUGAAACUUUUUCCUCUGAGAAAGCUCGUCUUGCAGAGGUUACAAACAAAUGUACUGAUGAUGACCUGGAGUUUUACGUCCGAAAAUGUGGUGAUAUCCUAGGAGUAACAAGUAAACUUCCAAAGGAGAAGCAAGAUGCCAAACAUAUCCUGGAGCACAUCUUCUUCCAAGUGGUUGAGUUUAAGAAACUGAAUCAGGAACAUGACACUGACACAAGUGAAGCUGGAUUCCAGACUGGGAGCUAACCUGGCUUUCUGCACUUUGAGAUAGACCUUUCAGUAAAAAUGUUUUUUUCCAUUUUUUUAACCUCUAUAUUCAGUGUAUUGAUUGGUACCAUCUCAGUAGUUCACUGAAUGUUUGGAUCAUUUAUGUUGAGUAGUUUGGAUAUUUAAUGCCUUUUGAGGAAGUGCUUAUAUUUUGCAAGCAAUUUCCAAAGAAUUUCUUAUUUUUCUAUUUCUUUAUUGAAAUUGUAAUUUUGUAAUAUAUGACAAAAAAAAUAAUCUUGUACUAAGAAAAUGGGGUUUGGGUCCUUCUUUCUGGCUCCAGUAUAUAUUUUCUUGUAAUAAGGCUUACAGUUGGUUCUCCUGGUGUACAUGUAGUCCUUAAUUGCACUGUGGCAAAGAUUGUUAUUUUGGUUUGUGAACCGUGAAAAAGAAAACACAAUCAUAAAUACUGGAGCUGCUGAAAAUAUGUCACCCUGAGGCAGUCUCCUUUUGUCUCUCUGCCAAAGUUAACUAAGGAGAGGUGGGUUUGUUACUGGAGAAGGAAAAUGUUUCUUCCAAGCGAGGGGAAGAGCUGAAAUUAGGCAAUAAUGACAUUGCUGCACAUCAUUUUGAAAAGAAGGGCCAGCAUUUGGAUGAAAAAGACUUAAAGAUUUAAUGGAUUGUUAUUAAGAAAAUGUGAUACUGUGCAGAAGCUCUGGAAUAUUUUUAUUUACAGGUGUUUGAUAUCUAGCCUAUUCCUACAGAUAGUGAGCUAGGUCACACACAAGAAUGGAAAUUCAGGUGAAAUUCAUUGACCGUGAAAUGUUGAAGCUCAGUGCACAGCAAAAAUAGAGCCAAGGAUGUGAGUGGUGAGCAGAUUUGUCAACAUCAUUAAUGCUGCCUGUCUUGGUGCAAGGACUUUUUUUAAUAUCAACACUGCGAUUGCACUUGGACAUCCAAAAAGAUCUGUAUUUAAUCUCACAAGCAAACUGUGACACUUUGUUUCUUCCCCCCACUCACGCCUUCUGUACAGCCUUUGUGCCACCUGUGCUUUCUCUUGCUCUGCCAUGUCUUUUAACAGCAAAGCUGCCUUUUCCAAAGAUAUGUCCAUCUUUUAUCCCACUAGAAAUCCUUUCUUGUUUCACUGCUUCACGCCUUGGCUGCCAGCUUGGUGCAGGUUUUUCUGAAGACGGUGCUGCCCAUCACCUGCUGCAUUCCUGAUUCACUGAGAUGUGCUAACACAACAUUAGCGGGAUGGGUUGUGUCUCCUUAUGCUGCAGACAUUCUUUUUUUCAUAGCAGGAUGUUUGAAAUUGUUCAUUUCUUCUUCUUCUGCUUGUUUUUCUUUAAGGGCAGGGUUGUUUUUGUCACACGGAGUACUUCCUAGUUCCAGCUACAGAUUUACACAACAAGCUUAGUCUUUCCUCUGCAGUAUCAAUAGCAAUUAGUCAACCGGCACCCGCUGCAGCUGAACCAAACAGCUGUAUGAUACUCUUCCCCUUUAGAGCUCUGGUUUGCGCUGUUCUGAGGUGUUUACACUUGAAACUGUAAAUACUUUCUGAGUUGUUUUGUCACCUGUUGCUGAUGUUGUGAGAUGGUUAAGCAAAGAAGCAGCUGAGCAGCCACAGAACACAAGCAGCUUCCUGGUCACUGUUUGCAACACCACUCUGACUGCUAGAAUGGAAGGACAGAUUUUUCACUGAACGCGUGGGUUUUGGGCCAGAAACUAGUUGGAAAUAUGUGUGGAGGCAACACCUUUCUUCUCUUUUUCAAACCUGUUCCUUUGGCCCUCUCCAAGUAUUUAAAUUGUUAUUUGGUAAACAGAAGUGCUUCCUUUCCUCAUGGGAAUGUGGUACAUGUGAAGUUUAUGGCUGACUGACAGAAUUUUGAAAGACAAGAAGUGGGUGAGGGAUUUCAAGAAG